GUUCUUGUCCUCCAUCCUCUCUCUUUCUUACAUAUACUGCAUUGGCCUUGUUGCUUGUUCAUGCUGGCCCUCCAAGCUAUGACUCAGGAGUUCAAGCCGAUGGACUAUGAAGACGGACAAGCCGCAGGGCACGAUACCUCUGCGCCUUUAUCAGCAGCGCAAUCCGGUGCUCCCUCCAAUCCUGUGGCAGAUAGUGUCUCAUCACUUCGUGCUUUGGCAUUAUCGACAUUGCGACCAAAACGUCGAAAAGAGCCGGCAGGUAAACGGAAAGCUGUGCCGACCAUACAUCCUCCAGUUCGCCCUGCUGCGCCAACUGAGAAUACCAUUCUUCUCGACUACGGAACUGAAGCGAGUGAAGAACAAAUUCAAGCUGUCUCACUGGAUGUAGUUGCUGGAGAUAAAUUUUCUGUCGACAAAGCUGCAACGCCCACCGAAGAUGAGAUCAAAGAAGAAGGCGAGAUCAGCGAUGAGGAUCCAGAUCCGCUUCCUACUUCGCCAACGUCCCAUGCAAAUGACACGCCAGCUAGUUCUAGCUUCAGAAGACCAGAUAAUCUGCAGUUGACUAUUAUUGGCUCAUCGACGACAACGAAUGAUGAUCGUUUAAUGUCCUCUUCGUCUUCCUUCAAUGAACAAGCCGCGAUCCUUUCGUCUGACAGUUUAAGGGAUUACGAUCUGUGGACCAAUUGGGUACCGACAGAAGAUGAAGUCCGUCCAGGAUUGCGAAUGAACAUGGAACAGUUCAAUUUAGUCAAAGAGCUCAUUCUUGAUCUUCUGGGCUGGGGUGUUUCCCCAGAGUAUCUUGUCGACUGUGGCCUAACACGAGAAGCAGUGUUCUAUACAUUUACAGAACUUAACUUAAGGCUUCCUAGGAAUCUUGAUACCACUGAUCUUCUGCCUCCGCUUCCACGCAACGGCAUGGCCAGAACGGUAUCUUCAACCUUAACACAACCAGCAGAAGUUCCUACUGGGAUUUCUUCCUCAGGUACCAUUCAGCGAUCGCCAGAAAUCUCGUCGGAUGCUCGUCGGCCUUCUCUCAGUCAUCCUCUACCAUUGAAACCAUCUAUUCCCCAAGCUACUUCUUCGACGUCCUUAAUACCAGGACCUUCUGGUUCCCAAAAUCGUGCGAUAGCCCAGAAAUUGAGUGAUCUAGAAGCUCAGAGGAAACAGGAAUUACAGGCGCGGAAAGCCGUGCUUGCCUCUCGCCGGAAGAAAGACGUCCCUCCUGCGUCCAGUGAAAUUGUCGUUCCUCCUAUGUUGUCGUCGGCACCAUCGACGGUGCUUGAUGGCCCGAUUCUUGAGGAGCCCAUGCCACUUGCUCCCACGGAGGCAGUGGAUGACUUCCUGAAGAGCAUGUUGGAGACAACUACGCCGUCAUCGCAGACAGCCGUUUCGCCUCCUGGUCCGAAGGGGAGAACGCUUAGCGGUGGUGUGGCAUUGGGCAUUCCUUUUGUUACCAAUGCUCCGGCUUCUGGGACUUCAAGCACCUCCUCAACAGAGACGCACUGUGCCAUGGAUGUUGACCCUGGCAAGGCCUUCAAAGCUAACCGAAGUCCUGAUCAGUCCGUUUAUGCCAAAUCCGAAUCUCCUGUCAGCAGCGUAUUGCCUUCGGCGUCUGCUCAAAUAGACGUUGAGUUCUCCGGCUCUAUAGCAGCAGCAGCACAAGGUGACACAUCGAAAGGUUCUACUCGUCCAUAUACAGGGCUGCCCUCUCCAUCUAUACCUAUUUUCGAGCGUCCUGCUAAACCCAUGUCAGUUCCUGCGAGUCCGACACCCGGGAGAUUGUUCAAAACUAAGCGCGGGACGAAACGUCCCGUGGCAAUGGACUUUGUUGACCUUGAACAACAACCCGCAAUCAGCCGAACAAGCGCGCCGUCACCAGUUCCUCCUCCGUUUGUCCGCCAUAAACUAAGUAGCUUCGCUGGCCUUGGAGGACACAAUUCGCGGCGUUGUGUUAUUGAUCUGACUGAUAGUGAAGACGAUGGAUAUGGCGAUACUGCCGAUGAAGGGGUAGCUUCGGCCCCCGAGCCAGCAUCCAGGUCCACGAAUCAGGCUACAAUGAGUACUGCAAUACCUACCACCCGUCCUCAGAGCACCCGCCCCCAAAAUACAUCCGGAAUAGUACCAAUAAAAUCAGCAACCCCAGUAAUUUCCCCAGCUUCGCUAGCAGAAAAAGAACAGCAAAUAAAACGCAUGAAGGAGCUGAUAGCCAAGAGGGAACGGGAACGUUUGAGGAAGCUUGCAGAGGUGAGUGUUUACUCCAAAAGAUUCCUCAUUUCUCCUCUGUUGCGGGGAAUCCCUGCCUAGAGGUUGUGACGGAAUUGAUUUGGUGCGGAUGUAGAAAUUACGGACACCAGCCGGGACACCACCACCGACGACCGCUGUAUCUACCACAACUCUAGGAGAUUUGUCGGCGACGACUGCUUCCGUGGAAGUAGAAAACGUGGAUCUUGCUACUCUAGCCAUUCAAACUCCUUCAGAACACGUCAGCGGAUCAUCGCAUUCCCCUUCGCCUUCCACCGAGGAUCAAGCAGAUGAAGAUAUUGUCAUGGAAACUUUGAAUAAUAUUGGGGUAGGGUCAUCAUCCGAAUCAGCAUUAGCUACGCCUACUGGUUCAAUCCCUCAGGUUUAGAAAGAUUUCCGGUAAACUAACUAACAUCUUCUGAACUUUGUAGACGUCAAGAUGGAUUCAUUCGAACACGAUACAACGGUGAAGCCCGUUUUGGAUGCAGAAGCCAGAGGAGAAAUAGGGCAAAAUGCGUUGGAAGUCUCUGAAAGCGUUACAACGAACACGCCGGUAGACGUUCCUAGUCAGGAGACGUCGGCCCUGAAUGAAUUACAGCAAGAGAUCCGCACAAUAUUUUCUGCAUACAGUUCUCCUUUCUAUACCUAUCCCCUUCUUAGAUCUCGUUCUCGAGUAGUUGCAGAUCUCGCUUCGGAAGCGCAGUUAUCUUGUGAUCCUUCUCCUGCGUCUUGUAGUUCUACCUCGACUUUUUCUUCCAGCACUUGCUCUGCUACUAUAGCUCCGACGGUAAUCAUUCCCGACUUACGACCUUUGAGAGUGGCUGUCAUGACACGCGAGGCGGGUAGCGAUCCGGAUCGGCGCGUCUGUCAGUUCGAGAUACCCGGCGGUGGUGUAUGUCAUGAUAAGUCAUGCGCAGACUUACAUCUUAAUGACCUCGAGCCCAACGGUGCGUAUAUAUUUGCAAUCUGUCGUUGGUGACUUACCACUCUUUUCAAUCUCAACGAUUCCCUCCAUUAUCACUGUUUACGCAGACAACGAAACAGCCCGCUACCUCAUCGAGACAAUGCCUGAUAUUCUUCAAGGUUAUAACGAAUCAGAGAUCGUCGACCAAUUGCUUCAAGCGCGUCAGAGGACAACAGGAGUCGUCAAGGCCUCGACCCAACCGCUAUCAUCUGUUACCUCAGUAGAAGAGAGGAUUUCACAGGCGAUCGCAGCCCUUAUAGGACCAGAACGUACAAGAUUUUAAGAUCGCCUUGGUUACUCAACGGUUUGCACUCUUCCUCAUGUUUUCUCAGCAGUGGUGUUGGGGGUUCGCCAUGUGGAGCAAUGCUCUGCAUUGGUGAAGUGCGGUGAUACGUUGAAUUGGGUAGUUGUGAAGUAAAGAGCGCUUAGGCGCCACCUGGGAGCCUCCUUGGGUUUCCAGGAUAUUGUGUUGUGCAAGUCGGGGAUGCCUUUUCGCUCCUCGUCCGUCCGCUUGUUCAUUUGAGUUCGAUUUCUUGCUUUGCUUACUUGCUCUACUUGCUUUCUGCGUUCUUUUCUUUUUUUUCUGCUUUGCUUUGAUUUUGCUUCUGCUCCACAAGAUGACUGGAUAAUAAGUGCGUAAAAAUUAGCAUUCUUGUUUAAACGAUUGAGAAUUAAGAAAGUAAUUGCAACAAGUGUAUUUUAUUACCGUACUGUAGACGAAAAUAGC